AUGGUGACGGCUAAACGUUCGAUCUCGGACUUCGAGCAACUUCGCCAGUUCUUCGAUAAGCUGGCUGCCAACAAGUCGCAAACUUCCCUAGCCACUCGUGGCGACGACGAGGCCGAUGCGCAGGAUAUUGCGAGCGUCCUGAAUGGUAUCGUUCCGCCCAGCCGUCUCCCUCGAUUCGGAACGCGUAGCCUGCGCUUCAAGAACAAGAAUGCUUCCGAGAUAUUGAAUACAGACGACGCCUCUGACGACGCCUCCAUCAUCUCCACGGGAAAGUUUCCCUCCGAAGGAAAGCGAUAUCCGUUUACGUUCAAGUUGAUGAUCCACAAAUUGUACGCACUGGAGGAAUGGGCAAAGAAAGUCAGGGACGUGCUGGAUAUAUCUCAGAAGCAAUUUAGGCCUCUUGCUGAGAUCGAGGAACGUGGAGAGGCAGAAGGGCAGUGCGACGCCGACAAAGGGUAUGGAAGGGCGAGGGCCAUGUCUAGCGCUGGAAGGAGGCCGUUGACGGUGCGAACGCGCACCCAUUCCACAGCCGGCCACCUUGGUCGGAGGCAUUCACCUUCACCUAUGUCGCCUUCUCGCGUAGCGCCGCCAUCGCCAACGAAGCUGUCGUCGCCGACAAAGAAACAAUUCCCUCAGGACGAACACGUUCGAGCGAUCAAGAAGCGAUGCGUUGGGAGGCGCAAGUCUUCGAGCGCUGUAGGAGACGUCGCAUCAAGCUAUACUGGUGCCUGGGUAUAUGACGCGGCGGCUUCUUCGUUAGCGACAUCCGAUUCAAUUUCCCGUCGCCGAGCUUUGGCCGGGGACAGUGGGAAGGAAUCUAUUAAGAAAGGGAAAUACGGAGAGUUAGAGAAUGGGAAGAAAGUGUCGGGGCACAAGCGGCGCGUGUCUUCAGCGGCGGGGGAAUGGAAGAGCUGCAGACCCUUGAAUAAUAUCAAUACUACCAAGCCAACAGAAGAGGAGAUUUAG